AUGCUGUUAAAAAUUACAAAAGUUUUUGUUAUGAUUACAACUCUAUGGGGUAUGACACAAGCGGCGUCGCUUGGCGCCGAUGAGCAAAGGCAAAGGCGUCAAAAAUCCGAAGAAAUUCGCAAAUAUAUGAACCUAAGCGCAAAUCCUUGCAAUGAUUUUUAUGAAUUUGCCUGCGGCAAUUUUGCCCGCUACAAUCCCACCGAAAUUCAGGUGGACAUUUUCUCUAUACUGGAGAGGGAGUAUGAAGAAAAACAGGUCAAUGUUUUGACCCGUGAGUCAGCUGGUGAUACAGACAUGGAGAAGAACGUGAGAAAUUUCUACAAGUCCUGCCUGCACAUUGAUUUGCGCAUGUUCAAGGAUAAACUUAAGGCCAUAGUGCAGGAGUUUGGCAAAAUGCCUGCCUUGGAGGGCAAUCGAUGGCGUGAAAAUGAUUUUGAUUGGCUAAAAACCAUAGCAGAGAUUUCCCAUAAAUAUGAUGUGCAGCUGCUGAUGCGCUAUGAGCUGGGCAAUGAUAUUUCAGACAGCAGCAAGCGUUGGCUGAAACUAUACUGGGAAGAUAUGCAGGAAAGUUUGGCCGCCCUCAUAAUACGCAGCAAUCAUGGCAUUACCGAGCAGACGGUUAUUGCCAGUAAAUUGAAGACCUAUUUGGGCUUGGAUCAAAACACUGCCAAUCGAGUGGCCAAGGAUAUAGCAGACUUUAAGGCCAGCCUGGCCACCGCCUGUCCUGCCUCGGGUGUUACUGUCAAUGCCCCAACUCUGACCGUGGAUAAAAUGCAACGCAAAUAUAUGCCCGAUGUGGAUGUGAGACGUUUCCUGGAAAUCUCUUUGGGCUCAAAUAUACCUCGCAAUUACAAAAUAGAAGACCACCUGGCCACUUGUCAUCAAAAUAUCGUCCACACCCUGAAGCGCACUCCCAAAAGAACAGUGGCCAAUUAUGUUUUCUAUUAUCUGCUUAAGCCCUUUAUGAUGCUGCAAGUCCCCGGGCAACAGCAGGAGUUGUGUAAAAUAGAGACCACCACUCAUUUUGCCAGCGAAAUGGAUUUUAUGGCCUAUCGCAAGGAGGUGUCUCAGCAAAUGGAAAAUGAUUUGAAACAUUUUUGGGUAACCAUCAAAUCGACGUUUCAAAGUAUACUGCAAUCGCCUCGCCUCAGUUGGAUUAAGGACAAUACCCGCAAGGCAGCCUUGGACAAAGUGAGGCAAAUGAAAUUGGAAUUUGGUCAAUAUGAGCGCAACAUGUUUUCGGAGAAAUACAGCCAACUACGGCUGUACCGCAAUGAUUAUCUGCAGAAUAUGAAAGCCAUAUUGGCCUAUAAGGCAGCAGAAGCUCACAGAAAAUUCAAUGCAUCCUCGAACCCACAACAAAAGGUGGCUGAGCGGGAAGGCAGCCCCUUUACCAGCCGCCUCAAAAACACUGUCAUAUUCCCCGUAUCCUCCCUACAACCGCAUUAUCUAUGGUCGGGCUCUUCACCGAAUGCCUUAAAAUUUGGCACCUUGGGUUUUCUGGCCUCCCACGAGCUGGUCCAUGGUUUCGAUGACAAGGGGGUGUUCUAUGACAACAAUGGUCAAUUUAAGCGUUGGUGGGACAAUUUGUCUUUCCUCAGUCUACACAGUCGCCUGGACUGUUUUACUGAACAAUAUAAACGCUAUAAUUAUAUGGGCGAAUCCCAAUCCGAGAAUAUAGCCGAUAAUGGUGGUCUGCGCUUGGCCUAUGAGGCCUAUGUCAAAUGGUAUGAGGACACUUUGCGUUUCCAUCAGAGUGUGGGAGAGGAAACAUUGCCGCGUCUCAACUAUAAUAAUAGGCAGUUGUUUUUCAUAGCCUAUGGUCAAAUGUUUUGCAGCAACACUCGCCCAGAGCUUAGUACUUUAGAUACCUCGGCUUUUGGCCAUGUGCCUCAUAAGUAUAGGGUAAAUGGGCCUCUGUCGAAUUUGGAGGAAUUUUCCAAGGAAUUCAAUUGUCCCAGAGGCAGCAAUAUGAAUCCUAGUGAUAAAUGUGUUAUGUAUUAG